GAGACCCGGAAAUACACUGUGAUCAGCUUAAUGUUUAUCAGAGGGCUACAAACUCACAACCGCCGUGUUUGUUUGUUUAUUUGUUCGUAAGUCGGGUCCGUAAACAUGUCGGAGCCCGAGGAGGAGCUACAGGAAGAACAGAAAGAGAGGAAGAAGAAGAAAAAGAAGAAAGAGAAGCGGAGCGGGAGGAAGAAGAAGGAGGAGGAGGAGAAGCAGGAACAAGAGGAGCAGGUGGAGGAAGAGGUUGAGGAGGCGGAGGGGGAGGAGGAGGAGCGGAGUGAGUGCUUUAUCCUGCGUGGGAUCUUCAAACUGGGGAAGAAGAGUCACGACGUCCUGCUCACACGAACCAGACUGACCUGGACCCCCAUCCUCCCAGAAACUCCCACAGGUGAGGCGAGUGUCCUGCAGCCAGAUGUGCUGAUGCUGCAGGACGUGAUUGCGGUGAAGGUGAAACGGCGGCGAGCGGCGGGCCAGGAGUCUGGGGGCGCGGUGCUCGGCGUGGCUCUCUUCUGCUGUAGGAGGAGAGGGUUGAAGCUGGAGGAGGACACGCUGCACCUACACAACGCCUCCGCGGAGCACACGCACACUUGGUACAACACCCUGAAGGACCUGCUCACAGGCUUCAGCAGUCGUCCCAGGUACGUAAAGGUGUUCAUCAACCCCUGCAGCCACAAAAAGGAGGCCGUCCACAUCUACAGAGACCACGUGGCUCCUCUCUUCAAGAUGGCCGACAUCCGCACUGACAUCACCGUAACGGAGAGGAAGGGCCAUGCUCUCUCAGUGUUGAAGGAAUGCAAACUGGAUGAAUAUGAUGGGGUGGUGUGCGUUGGCGGGGACGGAUCUGUGGCGGAGCUGUGUCACGCUAUGGUCUUCAGAGCUCAGCUGGAUGCAGGCUCUCCGGAAAAGCCAGUGAAAUCAAUGCUGCCGCUGGGAAUCAUUCCUGCUGGUUCCACAGAUGUCGUUUCCUGUUCUGUUCAUGGAGUCAGAGAUCCGGUCACUGCAGCCCUACACAUCGUCUUGGGUCACCUGCAGCAGGUGGACAUGUGCAGCUUCUCGUCUCUCGGCCAGUUGGUGCGUUUCGGUUUCUCCGCCAUGUUCGGCUUCGGCGGGCGGAGCUUAGCACGGGCUGAGAAGAAGAGGUGGAUGCCGUCGUCACGGAGACGAGAGUACGCCCUGGUUAAGACGCUGGCUCGACUCAGGCCAGAGGACUGCCAGCUUUCUUUUUUACCAGCAAAGAAGUCAAACACCGAUUUGUUUGGAACUCAAACCCAGGACCAGGACCAAGACACGGAUACAGAGGAGCGGGCCGAGUCCUGGACGACCAAUCAGGGCCUGUAUCUGAGCAUCAGCGUCAUGUCCAUCCCGUGUCUGAGUCCACACGCCCCUCAAGGACUGGCUCCGAACACCAGCGUGGCCAACGGCAGCGCAGCUCUGAUCGCAGUAGGAAACACUUCCAGGUCAGAGUUCAUCAAACACCUGAAGAGAUACAGCAGCUCUGCUGGACAGUUCAGUUUCUCCUUCGUGGAGACACACUCCGUCUCAGCCGUGAAGAUCCGCCCCCGCUCUCUGAUUGGCUCGUCUGAGGACGAGAGCGACGAGGAGGGCGACUCCAAGACGACGCCCAUCAUCCCAUCCGACGGCGUCGCCUUCCCCUGGAACAUCGACGGAGAGCUGGUGGAGAUCUCUAACGAAGUGCUCAUCAGGGUCCACCCGAGGCUCAUCACUCUGUACGGGGAGGAGGUGGAUGAGGCCGAGUCGACCAUCUCCUGCAACUGCAUCUGAGGACAACGGGGGGGGGGGGGG